CUCUUGCAAUCGGACGGGUGUGCUGUGAGGCAGCUGGCGGGGCCGAGACCUCCAUCCUGCCCUUGGGAGCAUAAGCAAACAUGGCCCUGCGAUGGAUAUUUCUCACGCUCCUCACACCUCUGCUGGCGGCACAGGAGCAGGACAGGCCAGGCACCACCAUCUCCAGAGCACGAAAGGAAACAGAGAGAUGCCAGCAGCCCCAGUGGGACCCAAAGCUCCACUUUGUCCCAAAGCAGAAGUUUUAUUGGCUUAAUGAAGAGGUGACACUGAACUGCCCCUUGAGGGUCUCUUUUCCCCUUGCUGUGAUCAGAUGUGCAAAAGAGAUAUCUCCAGGUUGGAAGAAUGCUUGGGAGGUGAAGGACAUUCAAGGAGCAUGGCAUCGGGUGGCAGAGAACCUGACCUGCCCCACGGGAAAUUGCUCAAAGCCCCAGUGGGAUGAAAGAUUAAAUUUUGAAAAAAGCAGAAAAAAUCACAAACUGCAUGAAGAAUUCAAGCUGACCUGCCCUGGAGACCUUGAGCCGUCCAUCCCCAAGGUCAAAUGUGCAUGGAAAUUUCUGAAAAUGGAUUCUGGAGAACCAGUCUAUGGAGAGACCUGGUGGGGCAGGAACAGCACAGGUCCUUGGAUGUACAUUGAGACAGCCGUAGAGUGUGUUGAAACAUGCCAAAGGCUCCAGUGGGACCCAAGGCUCCAGAUGUUGCCAGAAAAAGAGAGUUACAAGAAGAACGAAGAAGUGACACUGAGCUGCCCUGAUGGCUUCCAGCCAUCCUUCACCCAUGUCAAAUGUGCAGGAAAAGUCCAGAUCACCAUUCACGAGCAACCUUUCUACAUAGACUUGUGGUCGAGAAAGGACAGCAGCGGUGACUGGAUCAGCAUUCAGUCCAAUGUGGAGUGCAUCAAAACAUGCCAAAGGCCCCGGUGGGACUCAAGACUCCGGCUGGCACCAGACCAGGAGAAUUACAGGAAGAACGAAGAAGUGGUGCUGAGUUGCAUUGAAGGUUUUCUGCCGUCCUUCACCCACAUCAAAUGUUCAAGCGAAGUCCAGUCCAUCAGUCAUGGGAAACCUGUAAACAGGGAAGUUUGGCGUGGAAGGAACAGCACAAGUGACUGGAUCCGCAUCCGGUCCAACGUGGAGUGCCUUGAGCUCCUCCAGGUUGUCUCCGAAUCCUUGGAGAUUUCCAGCACCAGCAUCAAACUGAACUGGACCUGCAGGCUCCCUGAUGCCUGCCAGCACAUGCGGGCCAGGUGCCGCCUGGCUGCGCCUUCGUCUCCUCCCUGUGAGGCUGAGGAGGUGGAGGGAGAGGAGAUGCUCCACGGCCAGGAGGGAACACUCACCUGUGCCCCUCUGCAGCCCUUCACCGAAUACAGUGUCACCAUCUCCCUGCCCCCCAGCAUGAUUCUUUUCUCAUGGUUGGUCAUGACAGAGGAAACAGUGCCGGACAAACCAGAGAAGCUUUGGCUGGAUCCCAACACAGAGUCCCUCUUAUGGGAGCCACUGCCCUCCUGCAAAGGGGAGAUCAUCGGAUACCAGCUGAACAUCACGACCAGGAGCGCGCAGGAUGGCGGUUUCCUGGAGAUGGAGCGGCUGCGGCUGAGCAGCUCCGUCACUGAGCACCCGCUGCCUCAGCACAGCCCCGGCAACAGCUACGUGGUGGCGAUCCAGGGAGUCACGGCCGUCGGAGCCGGGGCUGCGUCGCUGUGGGAGUUUCAGACCAACAGCCCAGACACUCCGCACCCUCUCGACACCAGCUGCCGCAGCAUCCAUGUUAUCUCCCCAUCCCAUGGGACAGCUGUGAUCCCACUCCACCCCAUCGCCCGUCCCCCCGAGGCGACGAGGGAGCACCAGCUCAUCGUGGCCGUGUCCCACAACGGCACGGCGCUGGAAGGUGCCUGCCUGGGGGAGCCGCAGCCCUUCAACGCCAGCCAGCAGCCCGCCACCUACGUGGCCGCCGUGCUCAACCUCACCGGCCCCAUGGACUUUGUGCUGGGCACCGGGACCCACGGGCAGGGCUACCACAACGCUGCCCUUCAGCCGGGCUGGGACUACAUGGUCCUUCUGCGCCACGUCCACCGCUCACAGCAGGCAGAGAAGUUCACCUGCGUCUGCUACAGCUUCUCUGUUGGGCAGGAGCCAGGGUCUCUGCCGGGCAGGAUGCCCCUGGUUAUGGCAGUAGCGCUCGUCAUUGCACUCCUGGCACUGGGGAUUUUGCUGCUCUUCAUUCUCUUCAGGCGAAAGUACAAUGGUUCAAAAUCCUCGGAGAACAACAGCACUAUCCCCCUGCGAAGAUGUCGAGGAGGUGUGUCCAAGCUGAACACAGAGAUCCCAGUGGAGGAACUGCUGGAGGCUCUGAAGAGGUUUAAGAGGGCAGAAAUAGAUGCAGAGCAGACAGAGGAUGAAUCAGUCGACAAGCAUGGUGCUGGGCGCCUGAGAGAGUAUCAGCAACUGUCCUCCGCUUUGCUGCAUCCCUGCGAUGCCGGGAGGGAGCUGUGUAAUCAGAGUAAGAACCGCUACAACGGCAUCAUCCCAUACGAUCACUGCCGUGUGGUGCUGCAGCCCUCUGGCACGGGGAAUGGCUACAUCAAUGCCAGCUACGUGGAUAGCUACCGGAGUCCACGUUUCUUCAUCGCAGCUCAAGGUCCCUUGCCUGAGACAGUGGUGGAUUUCUGGCAGAUGGUCUGGCAAGAGAAGAUCUCAGUCAUUGUGAUGCUGACGGGCUUAGUGGAACAGAACAAGACAAAGUGCGAGCAGUACUGGCCAGAGCAGGAGCAGGUCUAUGGGGAUUUCACUGUGACACUCAACAACACCAGGACCACCACGGGCCUUGUCACACGCAUCUUCUGCCUGCAUAAGGCAGGCUGUGCUCUCCCAAGAGUGGUGGAGCAGUUUCACUACCUGCUGUGGCCAGACCACGGGGUGCCCAGAAACCCUUCACAGCUCCUCUGCUUAGUGGAGGUGGUGAACAAGAGAGGGUUGGAAGCACCUGCCGGACCUGUGCUGGUGCACUGCAGCGCAGGGAUCGGGCGGACAGGUACCUUCAUCGCCCUGGACUUCCUCCUGAAGAUGGGGAAGGUGGAGGGGAAGGUGGAUGUGUUUCACUGCGUGCAGAGGCUGCGGGAGCAGCGGGUCAGCAUGGUGCAGACCAAGGAGCAGUACAUCUUCUUGUACGAGGUGCUGCUCGAAGGCUUGCUCUGCGGCAGCACCGGGAUCCCAGUGGAGAGCAUCGCCAGCCAUGUCCGCUGCCUUCGAGAAGCUGAGACCUCAAGGCACAACAAUGUCCUUGAGAAGGAGUUCAAGACCCUGCAGAAGUUUUCCGAGUUGUUCCAGCUUCUGCCAUGCAGAGAAGCGGAGAAACCCAGCAAUCAGCCCAAGAACCGCAAGCCAGGGAUCCUUCCAGCUGAUUCCUACCGGCCCAUCCUGAUGUCCUCACUGAAUGCAGACGGCUCGCCAGGUUACAUCAACGCCGUGUUUGCCAAUACAUACACCGAGGAGGACAGGCUCAUCAUCACCCAGCUGCCUUUCCUCGCCACGCUGGUGGAUUUCUGGGCUCUGGUCUGGGAUUACUCCUGCACGUCGGUGGUUGUGCUGAAUCAGCUCGAGGAGCUGGACAAGACAUACGUGGAGUUCUGGCCCACCCAGGGCGAAGCUGCCUACGGCCGUUUCCAUGUCCACCUGAUCUCAGAGGAUCCCGGAGACGACUUCACAGCCUGGACACUUGCCCUCACCAACAGGCAGCAGCCCAAGAAGUCUGCACUGGAAGUCCGGUUCUGGCAACUGAACAACUGGCCCAUUCAGCAGCGUCUUCCCCCGCACCCUGCCACCAUCAUCAGCCUCCUAGGGAAGGUAGAGACACACCAUAGGCAAAGCCAAGACGGACACAUCCUUGUCACCUGCUGGGAUGGUGCCAGCCGGAGCGGAAUCUUCUGUGCUGCAAGUUUCCUGUGUGAGCAGAUCCAAAGCGAGGGGCUGGUGGAUGUAUCCCAGGCUGUGAGGACGCUGAAGAGGCGGCGUAGACAGCUGAUUAAAGAUGUGGAGCAGUAUGGGCUCUGCUAUGAACUAGCCCUCAGUUACUUGAAUUCAUUUGAAACCUAUGGGAACUUCAAGUAGAGGCAUGGCCACAGCCCAUCUCUGGCCAAGACUUUGACUCUCUUGACAGCGCUCCAUCAGUAACAGUGGAAACCAGAGGAAAUGAGAGGGGUGUGAACAGCUCCAAGAUGCUUAACUCCCCUGAAAAGCCACCCCAAGGGACCCCUGUGCCUGGAGAUCACUGGCUGGACAGUCUUCAAAUUGUGGUCAGGCUUUGAGGCAGGAAACUGACCCUGUGCCCAGAGUUUGCGCAGGAACUUACCUGCAAUUACAGCCCAAGUAUGCAGACCAGAGCAGAGGUACCAAGAUUUGACCUGUCUGGGACAGGGUUGAAGAGAACUAUCUGUCCCAUCCGGGCUCCCUUGUCCCUUCAGUCAGCCUCAGGGAAAGUGGAGUAUCUCCACCAACACCCAAACUGUGUUUUGUCAGGGGUGUACCAAACCACUGUAAGAUCCAUGGGGCUUAGGAGCACAGGCUAUCUGUCCUACUUAGGGAGAGGCAUGAAGCCCAAGGCCCACAAGAGCCAAGGCAGGUACAAUCCACAAUCC